CGGAGCCUACCGCCGCGGUGGCUCCUUGCUUGUUUUGCAGGAGAGGACGAGAGAAGAAGGGAAUCGCUUGCGGCCCGGCGGCUCGUGGCGGAGGAGGUGGUGCGCGCGCGCGCCCUCCCUUUCCCUCCCUACUAGGCGCGCGCCCGCGGGUUUCCAUGGUGAGGGUGGCGGAGCGCGUGCGGGCGGCCUGCGGAAUGGGCCGCGGCUGAUGCCUCCUUCUCAUUCUUCCUCUUCUUCGGCGGCGAAAGCGACCCUCGUCCUCCUCGUCGUCCUCCUGGUGCCAUGUCCCGAGGGUGCUGCCCCCACCUGCUCUGGGAUGUGAGGCAGCGGAGUUUGGGCCUGGAGGAGCCCGGCCUGCUGAGGAGACGGUACCUAGGUAGAAGAGAAUUUAUCCAAAGAUUAAAACUUGAAGCAACAUUGAAUGUGCAUGAUGGCUGUGUGAAUACAAUUUGCUGGAAUGAUACAGGAGAAUAUAUUUUAUCUGGGUCUGAUGAUACUAAUCUUGCAAUUACUAAUCCAUACAGUAGAAAGGUUUUAACAACCAUUCGCUCAGGACACAGAGCAAAUAUUUUUAGUGCAAAAUUCUUACCGUGCACCAAUGAUAAGCAGAUUGUGUCCUGUUCUGGAGAUGGUGUCAUUUUUUAUACUAACGUUGAACAAGAUGUUGAAACCAACAGACAGUGCCAAUUUACAUGCCAUUAUGGAACUACCUAUGAGAUCAUGACAGUUCCAAAUGACCCCUAUACUUUUUUGUCUUGUGGAGAAGAUGGCACUGUACGAUGGUUUGAUACUCGAAUCAAGACAAGUUGCACAAAAGAAGACUGCAAAGAUGACAUUUUAAUAAACUGCCGGAGAGCUGCCACUUCUGUAGCUAUAUGCCCCCCAAUACCAUAUUACCUUGCAGUUGGUUGCUCUGAUAGUUCAGUAAGAAUAUAUGAUCGACGGAUGCUUGGUACAAGAGCAACAGGUAAUUAUGCUGGCCGGGGUACUACAGGACUGGUGGCACGUUUUGUUCCUCCACACCUUAACAACAAAUCCUGCAGGGUAACAUCUCUCUGCUACAGUGAAGAUGGGCAAGAAAUUCUUGUCAGCUAUUCUUCAGACUACAUAUACUUGUUCGAUCCCAAGGAUGACACAGCUAGAGAACUUAAAGUUCCUUCUUCAGAUGAGCGAAGAGAAGAAUUACGGCAACCACCUGUCAAACGUUUGCGACUAAGAGGAGACUGGUCAGAUACUGGACCAAGAGCAAGACCUGAAAGUGAGAGAGAGAGAGAUGGUGAACAGAGCCCUAAUGUUUCAUUAAUGCAAAGGAUGUCUGACAUGUUGUCAAGAUGGUUUGAAGAAGCAAGUGAAGUUGCACAGAGCAACAGAGGAAGAGGACGAUCUCGUUCUAGAGGUGGAACUAGUAGAUCGGAUGUCACUGCUGCUGUUACUGUCCUGGCAAGUGGUGAAACAGAGGCCCAGAUGGAAGUAGAUGGUCCUGAACAGCUGCAAUCAUCGUCAUCUACAGUGUCAGCUCAAGCUCCCUCAACGUCUUCCUCAACAGAAAGUCCCCCUUCUACGUCCUUAUUGUCAUCUCCUGAUAACGAACAGAGACCUUCCUUGGAGACCCCUGCGCCACCUACACUCCCACAGUCUGAAUUAAUGGCGCCCGAGUUAGCUAUACUUCGUAGGGGUCUGCAGCGCCUGAGGCUUAAGAAGGCUGAACAGCAGAGACAGCGAGAGCUAGCUGAGGGUUCAGCACAACAGUCCGGCAGCUCUGAUCAGCCUUCCCCUAAGGGCUCCUCACAGGACCCUCAACCUACAGAUGAUGAAAAGGCAAGUCCACGGGCAGGAACAGGUGAACCCGUUUUAAGUUUACAUUAUAGUACAGAAGGAACAACUACAAGCACAAUAAAGUUGGACUUCACUGAUGAAUGGAGCAGCACAGCAUCAAGUUCCAGAGGAAGUGGAAAUCACAGUAAAACCGAAGGUCCGGAAGAAUCCCUAAGAACCCAAAGUUCAGAAGCACCAACACCAGAGAGUGAAGAAUCAAGAAUCCCUGAGGAAUCCCAAGAAGAAAAUUAUGAAGAAUUGGCAUCUGCACAUGAAAACAUAACACCACAAACUGAUAUUGAUACAUCUAAUCAAGCUGAAAGUAGCAACGAAGAAGGAAAUUAUCCUCAUCUUGACUUGACUUGUCAGGCUCCAGGGGAAGGUUUGUCAAACAAAGAUAUGGAAGAGCAAGACACCUUGAGUCAGCAAAGUACAGAGUCUACUGCCAACCCAAAUAAUACAAAUAAUGAACCUCAGUCACAGCCAGAUUCCUCAGGGCUUACUUCUCAUGAAGAAUCAUCUACAAGAAGUUCUGCUUUUCAAGAAACGGAUGAUAGUGAUGACGAUCCUGUCCUGAUACCGGGGGCACGGUUUCGUGGAGGAGUGGGACAUAGACGAUCUGCCGUUGCUCGCAUCCAGGAACUUUUCAGGCGAAGAAAAGAGAGAAAAGAAAUGGAGGAAUUGGAAACACUGAAUAUUAGACGCCCUUUAAUAAAAAUGGUUUAUAAAGGUCAUCGGAACUCCAGGACAAUGAUAAAAGAAGCCAAUUUCUGGGGUUCCAAUUUUGUUAUGAGUGGUUCUGAUUGUGGACAUAUCUUCAUCUGGGAUCGGCAUACUGCUGAACAUCUGAUGCUGCUCGAAGCAGAUAAUCAUGUAGUGAACUGUCUGCAGCCUCAUCCAUUUGACCCAAUUCUAGCUUCAUCAGGUAUUGAUUAUGAUAUAAAAAUUUGGUCACCACUAGAAGAGUCCAAGAUUUUUAAUCGGAAACUUGCUGAUGAGGUAAUAACUCGAAAUGAAUUAAUGUUGGAAGAAACCAGAAACACAAUAACUGUUCCAGCUUCUUUUAUGUUAAGGAUGUUGGCCUCUUUGAACCAUAUAAGGGCAGACCGGCUGGAGGGUGACCGAUCUGAAGGGUCUGGCCAAGAGAAUGAGAACGAAGAUGAAGAGUAAUGGGCUGUUCCCGGAAUCCACCUAGGCGUCAUGAAAUUUGUAUACGUCAUGAAUUAUAUUUUUCCUUACAAAGCUUUAGUGCAAUUUUAAGGUUUUGCUUUUGGGGUAACCUAACAUUUCGAUUUUGAAUGAAUGUGUGCAUGACUUGCAAGGGUGCAAGUAAAAUAAGCAAAACGUUUUUAAAAUGUUUUGUCAUGGAUGAGGGGUGCUAGAAAACGCAAAGUGCAAUAUUUUCCCUUAACUUGCAAAAAUGGGAGGUUGGAUCGAUGUUUAAUAUAACUUACCUUAUAGAGAAAACAUUGAUUCAAAUAAAUUUCUAUACCUGCUAUUUGCAUGUUUGUUGCUUUCUAUUAAAAGAUGUGGUUGUUUUA